AUGUACAAUACCGAAGACGGUGGAAGAUACUUUACACACGUCUCUGAUACCAAGCCGAUCUGGAGGGACCCGCGAUUCCGCACUGGAUGGACCAAGUUUGUCGACGGAGGAACAGGGAGGACGUGUUAUGUCGAUCACAACAACAGAUAUACAACCUGGCUCAAGCCAGCUCUACCAUAUCUGAAGGGAUUCGAUGACGACAGUUUCAGAGAGUGCGAAAAGAUCUGGAUAAGGCGCGCAAACCGCUUCUUCUUUGUCAACCACCGAACAGGAGAGACAACAUGGAAAAAUCCGCAGCGCAAGAAGCAACCGAAGGCAGAAUUCGUCGAUAAAUCAGGGGAUCUGCCUCCUGGAUGGGAAAAGUACUCCUCUCCCGAAGGCAGGGAUUACUAUGUCUGCCACAACACUCAAACCUGGACAUGGCUCGACCCAAGGGGUUCCCAACCUCCUCUCGACGCCAGGUGGCUACAGGAGUUGCAUCACGGCCGCGGCGGUGGCGAAGGCGCGACGAUCCGCUUCUUGGACAUGCAGACCGGCGAGUGGUCUUACAAAGACCCCAGAAGGCCUGAACAACCUCCAGACGCAGGUGAACCCCCAAAAUCAGCCCAGUCGGAGCCAAGCAACAAUGGAGAGAGUAUACACAAUGACAUCGGCUUCAAACAGCGUUACAUGGCGGCAAGGUACACCCGUCUGUAUGCCCUUUUGUCAGGAAUAUUGAUGUCGGCCCAGGGUGGAAUUGCAGUUACUAUUGCACUGCGGCUGCGACUUAAUACAGGUGAUAACUGGUAUGCAGUUCGAGUUUACGUGUUGGAAGAUUGUUAA